UCCCACUCCCAGUUCAGAUGUGUGUUGGGGGCGGUUGUUGUGAAAUGGGGGUCCUGUAGCCGAUGUGUGUGAAUGUAGGCUAGUCCUGCGUGUGUGCUACAUGUAUGCUUGAACGUGUAUAUUAAAAUAUUUCGAAUUAUUAGAAUAGUCCGGCCUACAUAUAAACAAUACAAUUAUUUCAACCUAGUAGGCUACCAUGGACAGUAUGUGCGAUUUUAUGUUUUAUAAAUAGCCUAUGCAUGAACUGCGGUCUCAUUGAAGGACACGAACGAGGGGCAUUAGUAAAGCAAUCGGACCUCAGAUCAUCAUGUCUACGUCGGCUACGAACAAUGGUAGACUCCAUACGGACGAGAAAUACAAACAACGAAAAUACCAAUCUUUUCUCUUCUAUCAGGCCGUGCGGGAUCUAAAGCCUGUUUGGAUGUUGGAGGACAUGCGGACAAUGGAGACCUUUUACUGGGAGGAAGACGCCAGCCAGAGGUCCUACACUCCCUCGGAGGCAUUGCUGUACGCUAUCGUACAUGACCACCAAGCCUACGCUCAAUACUUGCUCAGUCACUACACUGAUGAAGCACUGGCCAUGCCCGGCGAGCGCUUUUGUUGCUGUCCAUCCUCUGCCCCGCAUUUGGCGAUGGCUGUCAGGUAUGACAGACGGGACAUACUGGGUCUCAUAUUGCAAGAAGCGCAUCGAUUACCUAGUCUGCGGUCAUAUAUGAACCGAGGCGGAUGUUUUCACAUGGAGGACGGUAAAACCCCACUACAUCUGGCCUGUGAGCUCCUGCGCUCAGAGUCAGUUAUUCUGUUAUUGGGCAACGGCGCCUCGCCACAGGCAGAAGAUCAAAACGGUAUGACGCCACUGGAUGUCAUUUUGGAACAGCUGUGGGACUCCAAAGUGAACAUUGGGCCCAAAAAGCUAUGUCUUGACAACUUGUUAAUGUUUAUGCCUGAGAUUCGUUUCAAAAUGAAGAGUGCACUCGAAGGAGACCCAGUUUGUUGGUCCAAAGUCCUUGGUGAGGACAAAUUCAAAUACCUCGUUGGACAGAAGCCAGCGCCACUGUUUCUCAUGGCUAUGCAAAAAAUUCUGAGGCAGCUUCCCCCAGAGCAGUUCCCUGACAGCCUGGAUGAGCUUCCCAUACCUUCCUCAUUGAAACCACUACCCUGCAAACAGCUUGGACAGCUGAAAGUGUUUUAAACGUGUUUUAACAAGUUUUAAAACUGUCUACAUUAUGUAUUUAUAUGAAUGUUUUAGCAUGAUCAAGAUAUCUGUGUGAUGAGCAUGUAGGCCCUAUGUAUGAUUGUAUCAAUACAAACCCCUUGUAUGAAAUUAAGAAGCUAUAAGAAUGGGUGCUAAUUAUGAUAAUAUCUGUGAUUCAAGUUUCAUAAAUAAAUGAAAAAGGUAUUUGUGUAAAUUAUUUACAUUUUAUUUUUCAACCUUUUUAUAUAAGUUGUAUGCAAAUGUCUCAGACUGGAGACUACAGUAUAACAAUAUAUUUUAAUUGUCGUGCUGAAUUUUACGCUUUUAUAGCCUACAGAACAAAGACAAUGUGUGAUUGGUUAUCUGUAUUGAAUGAUUACCUCAAUUAUGUUUAAUAUCUUAAUAGGAACUUUUAAACAUAUUUAAAAUGCCACUAACAAUUCCAUUAUGCUUCUCCAGUGAUGGCUUUCCUCAUUAUCAACAUAAUGCUCAAGAGAAAAGAGAAUUUGAGAAACUAAUAAAUCGAAACUCGCAUCAUU